AUGUCUUACACACAAAGAAAAGGGAAAAUUGCGGAAAUUUCAUUUGGGGAGGAAAAAAGUGUCUUGGUGAAGGAAAAACGUUCAAAAAUGAGCAAGGCUGACAAUAAAUCACGAGAUGCUUUGGAGUUUGUCAUUUUAGAAACCUUCAUUUAUCAUCGCUUGGAUAAAGAAGCGGAGAAGUGUCAAGUUGGAAGAUUCUCCGAUUUAUUGUUGUUCACUUUACAUCCUACAAAAUGA